AUGCUGCCUUAUGCGGCGGCGGCGGCAAUUAGGCGUGCCUCAACAGCGGGCUUAAGAAUCACCACCCGAACGGUGCCAUCUUCUGGCCGUCAAAUAUCAUUACGGCUAUUCAAACGAGAUGCAAUCUCGCAUAAAGUGCCAGCACAAUUGUCCCGAACCGUCGCCACGCCAAAGUCACAAGUCUUUCUAAGGCGAUUAGGACAUGUCGCGUUCGCCACCCUGUCAUUCUACACAUGCUGGCAGCUAUUCGCCUGGGUCGUAAUCGAUCCCCUUCUUGACUGGGCCGAGCUCGAAUGGGACAAUCUUUCGGAAAAAGAGAAACGGGAAAUGGAAGCAUCGGCUGAGACGGAUGAGCCGAUACUUUUUCUUCCGUUCCCAUUCACUACGAAGGAGGUUGGGCAACCGCCUUACAAAGGCUCCGAUCCCGAAUCGUCGGUCUUUUCGGCGCUCAACAAAGAUCGGAAGGCGCGGAAUGAGAUUACAGCCGAAUUGGCGGAAUUCAUAAGACGAGGAGUCGAAAAGAAUCCCACCUAUCUCUGGUUAUUGGGCGGUAAAGAAGUUCGGAUAAGGAAAGUCUGGCUCGACAUUAUUUUCCCGCAAGUGCCACCUCCAAAGCACCACAUCUCGGGAAUUAUCAUCGACGAUGACGGUAUAUACUGGGGAGACCGUCCAAUCGAUUCGCUAGCUGCCGGCCGCCUGAACAUGGUUUUAUAUCCCAAGGCGGUGGCUUUAUCCGUCUGGACGUUUGUCAAGUCCCUCUGUAGAGAGACAUAUCAAGGCUUGGCCGAGGCCGUUGGGUCGCAUACAGAGCCACCGCAGGAGUCGUCCUGGCAGACUAUAACUGCGAAUCGGAUAGUCAAGGCACAAUGGCCAAAGGCCGCCAAGGCCCCAAACAGUGCCGAGAAACCGUCAGACUUGCCAGUUUCAGCAAGCUUUGGCGACGUGGUAGGGCCUUAUAUCGGCGCGGAUAGCCAGCUCGACCCCCGACUAAAAGGCGCCUUGCGCGACGCAUUCUCGACCUUUACAAAGAACUGGAAGCCCUUGAAGGAACCGCCGGGUCGAGGGUGCGUGCGUGUUGAUGGACUGGUGGAGCUUCAAGGCACAGUUAGGGUGAUGGGUGUUUAUGUGGUUGGCUGGUACGACCCCAAGCGAAAGGCCUUCGUGUCCAUCCAAACCGGUCUCAAGCAUGUGCUUCCGUUGCAGAAGCGACUUGAGCAGGACUGA